AUGUAUCAAGAAGCCAGCAUCAACAAUGAGAUCGUUGUCCUCUCAACCGGCAUUGACCAGUACAUCCAAGAAGUCUUCUUUCACCUUGGCAACCGAAAUCGCAUCAUUGGUACAAAUAGAGAUGAUGCUGAGCCAGAAACUAUUUCAUCGGAUGAUUUUAAGAACCUCUGCCUGCUUCUGGGAGCAGACGACGACAGCGUGAAUGAGGAGAGUGGACUCGAAGGCCAUGAUGACGGGAUUGAAUUCCAAGAUUUCCACUCGCGGCUGAUCGAUAUGUUCGCCGAGAUCAACGAUGAGGACUGCAAGGUGGAGGAUGAAGGGAAGAGAAGAGGAGACCAGAACAGAUGGAGAAGUGAUGAUGAGAUGGUUGAAGCUGGCAUCAACGUUCCUGAUAGACAGGGGUUGGUGUUACGUCAGAUGUGCACAGAAUGCUUCCAAUACCGAUCCGUCUUGGAAGUAUUUCACUCUGUACUCUACAAGCAGGGAAAAACACCCAUUUUCAAAGAUGGAGACAACAGAGAACACUUAGAUAUCCACACAGCGAACAACUCCGAGCGAGAAGACAGCAUGAGUAUUUUGGCGGGAAACGAGGAGGUGGCAAUUCUACGAGCAGAGAACAACUGUCUGCGAGAAGUUGUAGAAGACAUGCGAAGAGCUCUGCAGUCAUGUGAUGCAAAAUGUCUCGCUUUGCUUGUUGAGAUUAAGAAAUUUCACCAAAGCAAUGGAAAUCAUCUACUCAUUGAUAAUUACAAUAAACAAAAGAUGGGUCUCGGCUCCGGUGAGACCGAGUCGACAAGAGUUGUCAAACUUGUAAAAGAAAUCAACAUGUUGCGAGAGAACAGGGAUAAACAGCUCGAGGAGGCUAUUCUAUUCACACAACACCUCGAGGCCGAACUCUGGCAAGAAAGGCAGAAGAAUGAGGUUACGGAAAAAUGCGACAAAGGGUAA